CAUGCCCCUGGAUCACAAGUUGUUAGCUGGGAAGGAUCAAAUGAUAUUUUGCUGAUUGCAUGAUUAUUAUUCAUGCAAGGGUGUGAAUUUGUUCCCUGGGAUUGGGAGAUGUAGGUCCCAAGAAAAAAAAAACUGCAAAAUAGGUUUGGGUAGGAUGAUAUCCCUUUUCCUAUUCUUACAAUGGCCUUACUUUUCAAGUAGUCAGCAAACCCCUCUACUUUCAAAUUAAAGUCUGCUAACUGACAACCAUAAGCUUGGCAACCUCAAGCUCCCCUCUUCCGACCAGUGAAGCCAGUUUUGGUUUCGAAAAAUAUUUCUGCCCCAACAAACAAAAUAUUUUGUCACAGAACUCCAGGGAAGUAAUUGGCCAGAUUAAAAUUAGUAAAUUACGGCAUUUGAAAAUUCUGGCAGUAGUAUUUGGCGUGUUGGGAGUAAUAAGACUCAAACCCAGGACGAAAGCAGCAAAUGUAGAAACUUGCUCUACCAUCGCGGCACGAUAGGAUUUGUGUUUGCUGCCAGUCACUCUCUUCAAAAUCAUAUUAACCCAAGUUUUUCAAAUUAGAGUGGUUUUAGUAGCCAAAAUGGACUUCUUCCAACCAAAAUCAUUGAUUUCAGGAGUUCUGCCAGAACUUUCACUGAUUUUUCUCUUAUCCCAAUCAUGAGAGGGAUUGGCAUUUGCAGAUACUUUUACCCCAACUUAGUCCAGUGGAACUACAAAACCUAGCUUGGGCUUACCUUUGUAUGUUCUUGGCUAAUCAAUGCCUUGAGGGAUAUUAAUGAUAGCAGGGUAUGAUUUGUGGUGAAUUAAGUCAGAGCUAGCAUUACGUUCUUGAAUGGCCAAGCGAAGUAACGGGGAAGCUGACCAGGUGCGAGGAUCCUUACGCGUUCACGUCAGCGUACAGAGAGCCCCUGUUGUCGGAGAGAGAAAGCCAAUGUGGAUCAAUUGAUCGGUACCUUUUGCUGUCCUAGCUUUGUGGCCAUACAUUUCCCUGACACAAGAUUUAGACAAUACUUUCAAGUUGGCUGAAGCUGCUGGGAUCAUACUGUUUCUUAAGAGCUUUAGACCCAUUUGGACAAUCGAAUGGCAAUUUUCUAAUAUAAAGGCAGAGAACCUUUAUAACGUGUUUUCACAUGUUUAGCAUUAUGUGAUGGAUCCUCGAUUUGACAAAAUAUCUAGAAGAAAAGGCUGGAAUCUCAGAAGCUCUGUACUCUAGAAUCAUCGUUAUUGGAUUGUUUUCUGAACAAAGGUUAAGUAUAUCAGCGGGGGAGUAGCUAGAAAUAUUGCUGAGUGCAUGGCUAAGCUUGGGACUCAACCGCUCAUGAUUAGUGUUGUUGGAAGUGAUAUGGCAGGGGAUUUCUUACUGAAGUACUGGAGGUCAGCUGGACUAUGUACAGAUGGAAUACUGCAGGUUCAUGAUGUUACAACCCCAGUAGUAUCAAAUGUAUUUGAUGGGAAUGGAGAAUUAAUUGCUGCCGUCGCGAGUGUUCAAGCAGUUGAAACUUUUCUUACCCCAAGUUGGAUAUAUCAGUUCCGUCGCCAUAUCUCUAAUGCACCUCUACUAAUGCUUGAUGCCAAUUUAUCUCCUCAGUCACUUCAAGCUGCUUGCAAAAUAGCAUAUGAAUCAGGGGUGCCCGUGUUGUUUGAGCCUGUCUCGGUGGUAAAGAGUUCAAGAAUUGCGCCAAUUGCAGAGCAUAUAACUUGCACUUCCCCAAAUGAGAUUGAGCUUGUUGCAAUGGCAAACGCGCUGUCUACUCCAGGGAAAUAUAAUUUUGUCAAACUUGAUCAGUGCAACAACAAUAUGGAAGCUGUAGAUUAUUUGUUUGAAAUGCUCAGCCCAGCGAUGUUUUUUCUUCUCGAAAAGGGUAUCAAGCUUCUUCUGGUGACACUUGGCUCGAACGGUGUUUUCAUAUGUUGCAAAGAGCACGUUAACAUCGUUAAGGAUCAGCAAAAGUGUAACAUGACGACUUUCUCAUCCCAGCUACUUGAAAAAUUGGAGGGCUGUUUUCCACCCAGCAUGCCUGUUAAUUUGUCUGGAGAAGGCUCUUCCAGAACUUGUGUUUUCCAUUUACCUGCAACAUCUGCCUCGGUUAUCAGCCUCACAGGUGCUGGCGAUUGUUUGAUUGGUGGAGUCCUUUCAUCUCUAUGUGGAGGAUUGAAUAUUAUGCAAAGUGUGGCAGUUGGGAUUGCUACAGCAAAGGCAUCUGUUGAAUCGGAAGCUAACAUACCUGCCAAAUUUUCUGCUGAAAGCAUUGCAGAUGAGGCAAGGAGGACAUUGCUAUCUGCUAAACAGAUUUGGUGCCAAUAAGAACAGAAGAACACCGCAAGGAUUUGUUUCGCACUCAGCUUAUCUUUCUCAUGUCAGAAUUGUUUUCUUGUUCUGAAUGGACACAUGGUUUGGAAUUACACUGUUGCAGCACGAUGGUUUCUAUUGGAAAAAAUGUUGUAACAAAUGGUUGUUAGUUCCUGGAGAUACAUCCUUCUGAUCGAUCCAUGUUUGUGUUUUCCUCAUUGUUAUUUGUUCCGAAUUCUGAUC